UCACAUUUCGAGUAAUAUUCUACUUCCAUUUUGGUAAUAACCCUUACAAACUAUGAGUCAAGAAAUGCUAUCAUACAAGCCCCGAUCCGCGUUAGGAGAUGUAACUAAUCAAGUUGGGAAAAAAGGGUUUUGUUCCAUUUAUAAGAAAGAUGAAAGUGUUCUGAUUUCAAAGAAAGAAUGCUUAAGAGUAGAUGAAAACUAUAACACACAGAUUAAAGACUCUAUAUCGAGGCCUCAGUUGUGCGGUCAGAUCGAUUCGCUGACGGGGAGUAUCGUAGGUAAUGUGUCUAAGGUUGUGUGUGAAAUUAAGGAACCAUGCCCGCCAGAUGUUCGACAAAAUGCCACAUUGACCUCUUCUGCUACUGUUAAUGAUGGUGAUGUUGUCAAAGAUGUUUGUGAAUCUACACAACUGAUAACCUCUGUCCCACCGGAUGAAAACGGGAUUGCUGUACCACAAGUUGAAUUGAAUAGAGUGGUGGGAAAUGAUUUGGGUAUGGAUGAUGGCAAUGGGGUCAGUCUUGAUAAGUUGGAUUUGAUCAAAGAUGAGUGUCUUGAUUGGUCAAGAUUGCUCGAGUCAAGGAGUGGUUUAGAGAGAUGCAUUGGACAGAAGGGUGAUGGAUCCUCGAACGUGUGUAUGGACAUGAUCAAAACUUGUUCAUGUUCUUUCUGCAGGAAAGCUGCUUGCCUUUGGUCUGAUCUACACUGCCAGGAUAUUAAAGGCCGCAUAAACGCAAUAAAGAAGAGUCAGAAACAAGCGAGCAUUUUGGUCGACCGAAACAGCAUGAAUGGAGCAAGAAACUUUGGAAAAUUUUCAAACUCGGAGUCAGAUCUCACGGGUCGAUGGAAGUCACUUUUUCUUCAUAUGGAGAAUGUAUUUGUUCGUGAGGGCACUCAACUAGAAACAAGCUUAUCUACCCUGAACCAAUUAGUGGAUGAUUGCAUGACUAAUUCAGAGAAAAAUUAGUAUUCUUAUGUCUCAAUCUUGUACAUGUAAUGGUAGUUUUCUAAGUAGCUUGUUUGCUUGACUUUUACCUUUAUAUCUUGUU